AUGUCUCUUGAUGCUCUACAAUUGCUACGAGUCUCGUCAAAGUUGGAGGCCAUUGAAUUAAAUCGGCUCAGUUUAACAUUGUUCGGCGUUUGGCCUAAGAAUAAUGAAACUAAGCAGAAUAAAUUAAUGUCUGAUAUACGUGUGAUCAUUUUACUAACCGUAAUAUUAUGGAUAUGCAUUAUUCCAAGUCUACAUUCCUUGCUGAAGAGUUGUGAUGAUAUAAUGUUGACAAUUGAUAAUUUACAAAUUACCCUGCCGCUUCUGAUGGCGGUAAUGAAACUGCACAACAUUUGGCAAAAACGAUAUGACGUCUUACCACUAUUGAAUAUGAUCAAGGAUGAUUGGUUGAGACCAAAGACGUCGGAGGAGAGGAAUGUUAUGAUAAAGCAAGCGCAAAUCGCACGUAUUCUCACGCUGUUGGGUUGCUGCAUAGUGGAAAUAUCUGUAACUUUUGUUCUACAAAGCUUUAGUAUGGUACUAGCCGGCAUAAUGUACACCAGCACGGACACUUUUAUGAGUCUGCUGAUCUUCCACGUAUGUGGUCACCUUGAGAAUCUCAAAGCACGUAUUCGCAAUUUGGGUCAAUUCAACGAUUUUCCGGAUGCUUUGUCGGCCAACGUGAAGGAUCAUAUACGUCUUCUAAGGUCGUGUAUUUUCCGUCACAUCGGGAAUAAUAAACAGCAGGUCUUAUAA